AUGGCUGCUGCUAUCGAGGUUAUUGGUGUCAUCUCUGGACUCUUGGGGAUUGUUUCCUUUGCCCAGGACAACUUCGGGGAGGUUGACACUACGACCUCCAGCGUCAAAAUCACAGUUGGUCUGGAUGUCUCGGGCGGCCUGGACAACGCUGGCGGAAGCAUGCCGGAUGUCCGCCUCUUCAACGAGGCCGGUGGCUUCAUUGGAAUUAAUAACAAGGGUGACUCCAUCACCGAUGGCAGCACCGGCGAAGUUAAGAUCACACACGAGGACAGCAGCAAUGGCCAGCAGGCUACGUACGCUCUGCUAUCGGCUAACAAUGAUGCCAUCUGCAUUGCCUACAUGACCAUGACAUGGGCCAACGGCGACCAGUACGGCUGGGUCGGAGACUGGGGUUCCGAGUGCGGCGCUACUUGGUACUAUUCCAACGUCUACGUCCAGGGAACCAGUUACAAGCCCAACUGCAUGUGGAUUGACGCCAACGGCGACCAGCCUCAAACUGGAUUCCAGAUCCACUGGCCAGAGUUUGUCUUGGAGGACGGCGACGCGGUCGACCCCGAUGGCACGAAGCGCGACUAUCUCUGCAACAGCGGAGCUCCGUUUAAGACCUACACCGAGCCUGACCCUGAUACCAUCACCUUCUGGACCAUCAACAACAAGCGAGCGGAGGCGGCCCAGUCGACGGCACCGGCCCGGCGACAAAAGUCAUGGACUCCUCGCGGACACGGACGUUCUAGUGUUAUUGCCCGCAAUGAGAGCUCCUCUGUCGGUCCUGACUUUGUGAACCAGGCCGAGGGCCAGUUCUGCCGCAUGUCUGAUAAGACCCUGUGGCCCAUCUGCUCCGACGAGAUCCAGGAUGGUUGCUUUAGCGCUGAGUCUCAGCAGUUGAUCCAGGGCGGUCUCGCCACGCGUGAUUCUCCCUACACUGUUGUUACCGACUGGACUGAGGGCAACUAA